CGUUUACAUUUCCCCCCACCAGUUAGUUUAAGUCAGGGCGGAAGAUGGCGGCGGCGGCGGCGGCUGGGACAGGUCCAGGGGUCCCAGAUGGGGAACCGGAGGGGUCAAACCGCGAUCAUAGUGCUUUUGAAUGCAACAUCUGCCUGGAGCCUGCUAGAGAAGCUGUCAUCGGCCUGUGCGGCCACCUGUACUGCUGGCCUUGUCUUCACCAGUGGCUAGAAACACGGCCGGAGCGUCAGGAAUGUCCGGUGUGCAAGGCGGGCAUCAGCCGGGACAAAGUCAUCCCUCUGUAUGGGCGUGGAAGCUCUGCUCAGCAGGAUCCCAGAUUGAAAACUCCCCCCCGACCUCGAGGGCAGCGCCCGGAGCCUGAGUCGCGAGGGCAGGGCAUCGGCAGUUUUCCUGAAGCAGCCACAGGCUUCCACAUGGCAUUUGGCAUCGGCGCGUUCCCUUUUGGCUUCUUUGCUACGGGCUACAGUGCACCAGGAGAAAGAGCAGAGACAGAGGCAGCCAGACCAUCCAGUUGGCAGGAUUCGUUAUUUCUUUUCAUUGCCAUCUUCUUUUUCUUCUGGUUGCUCAGUGUAUAACCGGCUGGACCCCGCUGAGCUUAACCUGUACUAAAGUCUAAAGAACAGAACUAAAGGACUUUGAUAUUGGGUGGGUGGGUGAUGGGGGGGGAGAGACGGACAGACCAGUUUUGGGUGGGUGGAUUUUUCUUGAAUGCGUAGGAGAGACAGAAAGGGGUUAAUACUAUAUGGUGGGGUGUAAUCCAGAUGGAGUAAAAUUCUUUUUUUUUCAUUCCUCCCCCCACCCCAGAGAAUUAAAAUCAUAAUAGGGCUGCUUCUUCAAGUGGUAUGCAAAUGGUUGUCAAUAUACAACCCCAACCUAAUUAUGGAUUGAAUGGGGAGUAACUUAUGCUAAGAACGAUCCAUUUCUAUUCUUCGAAGAAAGAUCUCCAACCUGAGGGCAAUCUCGAAUUAUGGCGGAAGAUUGGAGAGAGCUGAAGCGAGCACAUGCGGACUACUCAUUCUUUCCAGAUUACCUAAAAGCAGGAGGAUGAAUGGGGUUCAUUCCCCCCCUUUUUUCUGUUGGGCAAAAGUAGCUAGGCCCGCCUCUGUGUAAAAGUGCACGAAUCAGGGAAGAGGGAUUUUGGAGAGUAAGCAGGGGUAGGGUAAUAGAGAUGUGAUGGUGGGGAGUCUACCUUGUUCCACGUCCUGCCACAGGAAGCGAUUGUGGGAAGGGGAGCGAAGGUUAUUUGAAAGUGAGAGACAGGAAAGACGACCUGUUGCAGGAACCCACAGGAAAUGGCUGCAUAUUCUUUUGAGGCCAGGUGAUCCCCAAAGAGCUUAUCUUGAUCCACUCAUCCCCGGCUCUUCCAACAGUGCUGGGAAACAUUGAGGGUUGCUGAGGGGAAGGUUGACCACCGGACGUUGUUUAGUCUUGAAUAACAGUAUUUUGUGGUCCAGAAAUUGCUUGGAUAAUGAUUUAUGCCUUCAUUCGGGGGGGGUGACAGAGAAGGGACAUGAUGUCAAUUAACUAAUGCUUCAAUUAAAUUCACCCAUGAUUCCUA